UUUCAGCUAUGUAACACCAGGCCAUGAAAACAGCAGCUAGUGAAUCAGCCAGGAUAACUCCAGAGUUCCUCAAGAAGAACUGUAUUCUGCGCAUUCCAUCACAGACGGGCGAGACAAAGUACGAAUGUGUGUUGUGUAAAACUAAAAGGCUCACUGAUCUGACCCUGAUAACUCAUGUGGCGAACCUUAAGCACUCAGAGAUUGUCAAGAGACGAGAAGAUGGAGCUGACAAAUACACAGACACCAAGUACCAUGGCCGGUGUUUACAGCAUAGCCUAGAGUGCCUCCUAGAAGAUAGGUGUGGAGGUGUAGAGGAGUACGAGAAACGAGUUGAAGUUGUCUCAGAGUUAGAGUCUAUUUUCCAACACCAAAGCAAGAGUUUCCCUGUAUUGGAAGGAGUUGCUGUAGAGAUAUACGGCAGCAGCGCGUUUAAUGUCGCCCUUAAGACCAGUGAUAUCAACUGCUUCCUACGGGUGAAGGAGUACUUACUCUGUGUCAAAACAGUAACUGAGAUAAUCACUCAAUAUGACGAACUCUAUGAAACACCCACCAUAACCUCCGGUCACAAGUUCCCCAGAAUUAGGUUCCUGCACAAACAAACCGGUUUCAGUAUUCUCAUGAGUGUACAUUCUCCCAAAAGUGAAAAUUUCACCACCCUGAUGAAUCACCUGCUUGCUUGUGACGAGAAAGCGUUGCAACUGGCGAGACUUAUGAAGAUACACUGUGAGGAGAUGAAUUUAACGGACGGAACGUUUGCUAACCACGUGUUCUACAUCAUGACAGUGUACUUUGCUCAGCAUACCAAACCUCCUCUCCUUCCUAAAUUCGUUAAAGACUACGAUCAUCUCAUGAGCAAAUCUGAAGAAGAUAGAUGCAACAGAGAGGAGAGAUUGCAGAGAAGAGAAAAAGAAAAAUUAAAACUGCAAGAACAACAGAAAAAAGAGAUAAAUAAGGAGAAAAACAAACGUUCAUCUCAAGAUAUAGCUAUUGAAAACUUUGCUGCAGCUGCGGUGAAGGACUCACUCAAGCUUAGCCUGAUACAGAUAUCUAUUGAAGAUGGUGUGAGCAUCACUGCUGAGGAGAUAGAGAGAAUAAUGAAAGAAGCCAGGGUAGAUAGUAUCUUCCCGGAAAUAACCAUAGAGAACGACCCCUGGAAUGCUGGCGGAGUGGUGUGUGAUGCUGGAGAGAGCGCCUGGAAUGGAGAUGUCUCCUGCCAUAACAGCCACACUCAGCCAAGUUCUUCAGCUGCAACUGAGGGAGGAGCAGCAGUGGAACAAGAAAUUAUACCAUCUCUUGAAGCUCUGUCUCUUGAACCAGCAGAACAUCAGGAAAAGGGGAAACAGCCCCCAGUUGUAGAAAAGAAAGAACGGUAUUCCAAUAAAGAAGAAAAAGGAGUUGAUUGGAAUGGUGUUGAAGAACAAACUAAGAUAAAGUUAUCCAAGUGGGGUGAUCAAUACAUGGAUGGUAUCAGAGCUGAGUGCUACAGUUGGGAAUCAGUAAACGACAAGGAGCUCCACAGCCUGUUUCAAGAAAUGGUCCGCUUCUUCGCAAAGUUCAGUUUUGAAAACAGUACCAUCAGUAUAUGUCGGUCAUCUGAUGAUACUGAACAUAACAAGUACUCUUUUGUUGAAGAUCCAUUUCAACCUGGUACAUCCCUGUACAACAUACCACAGAGUGGUAAAAGCAAGAAGAACAAGAAAGUUGGCAGAAAUCGCAUAUACCAUGAUAUGACCCGACAUGUUAAGGCAGUAUAUGAGAUCUUGAGACACUAUUACGAGGGACCUCACAAGGCUGAGCUGUGUCUCGCCUCCCCUGGAUACGAAAACGGCAGACAACCUCCUUACUCACCAUUCGAAUUCGCUAUCAGAUACGAGAUCCCUCCACCGUUCUCCGACGACCACAGGCAGCCCCCGCAGGAGAAGCUCCCAGGGAUAGAGAAAGUAACUGAAGGAGCUGUCAAUGCACUAGACAGGAUAGUGGAUAAGAUUACUGAAAAGUACAAGUUGUCCGACCAAGACAACAGAGCGAGAGAACAAACGUUCAGCGAGCUGGGAGACUUGGUGAGGAGACAAGUUAACCCGAGUAUCCGCCCUCUUUGGUUCGGGUCCUCCAGAAACGGACUAGUACUUAACACCUCCGAUAUGGAUAUCACAUUGGACGUUACCAAACUAGGACCAGUUGAUCCAACUCAUAUUCUUAGUGAACUCGCUAAACAAAUAAAAAAGAACAAGUUGUUUAUCCUGGAUGAGGUUAUCUUGGCUGCUAGAGUACCGAUUGUUAAGUUCCGACGGACAGACAAUGAUCUAACAGGAGACAUCGCGGUGGGGAACAUGCUCGCCAUCGCUAACACACGCCUUAUCAAGGCCUACACUGAGAUUGAUGAACGAGUACCCAGACUUGGUCUGCUGGUGAAAGCGGUGGUAAAGAAUUGUGAGUGUGCUGACGCGAGUACUGGUAGUUUGUCUUCAUACGCCUAUACCAUGAUGGUCAUCUAUUUCCUACAACAGCUGGACCCACCAGUUAUCCCCGUGCUACAAGAGAUCAACAGACCACGUGAUCUGACGGUAUACGAAGAGGAAGGAUGGGACACGUACUUCUACUCUGACGUCCACCAGCAGACGAGUGAUUGGCCCUGUGAGAAUGUGGACUCUGUUGCUCUGCUCGCUCUCAAGUUCUUCAAGUUUUAUUACGAGGAGUUUGACUACAGUAAGAACGUGAUCGCCCCCAAACAGAAAGCUCAUCUUCUGUGUACUGAUAAGAACUGGUUCCGUCCAAUUAAUAUUGAGGAUCCUUUCAAUCUCGAUCACAACUUAGGAAAACAGGUGAGCGCCAAGACAUUCGACGUGAUAAAGACUGUAUUCAGGCAGGCGUAUCUCCGAUACUCUGUAGGUCCACUAGAUAGAACAGACCACACUCUCAGGUACUACAUGGAGAAAUCUUUCCUGCUGGAUGGCAAGAAGCCCCCUGUUAACUUCAUAUGUUUCGGGUGUGGCAGCCGAGAUCACUACAUAUCUGAGUGUCCUAACAAGAAUAGGUGCUCACAUUGUAAUGAACCUGAUCACAGUAAAAGCAGUUGUCCUAAAAUUGAAUGUUUCCACUGCAAGGGUUACGGUCACAUUGGUAAAAGUUGUCCCAACAAAAAGCACGGUAACCAUGGCAACUCGCCUUACAAAAGAAUAAGUCCCGACAAGAAUCCUAGUAUGAAUACAGACUAUUACGAUCGGAAGAACUGGAUAGGACAAGCCAUGAAACCUGCGGAUGUACAGAUUGGUAAAUCAGCGCCACCCCACUUCAAACAACACCCUAAAUCUCCUGCCGUGCACAGAGUCAUCAACCACGACUACAGAUUCAAUGGUGAUCAGAAGGAAGGGGGUCGCAGAGCUCCGCGGAGUAUGAGCGAGAGUUCAGAGGUUGUUCCGAGCUCCAGGAAGAAUAACAAAAAGAAGAAGAGAACAAGUUCGGAGACAAAAGAGAGGGCUGAUAGUCUGUCAGAGAAUACAGGACUCUUCUUGGGCGACCAGGACUUUGUGCCUCUCAAGCAGUGGGCCGAGCAUUCAGCUCGUUUACGGUCAGACCCUGUAAUGGAACCGGAGAACAAAACUAAAAGCAAUGAGGUCAAGGUUCUGCAUGUUAAGACUAAAGAUGUUAAAGAGAAUAAGAAACAGGGAGCUAGUAGUGUGGAGAACAAUCCUCAAGACAAGCUAAAACAGUCUACUCACAUGACGUUUAUGGGAGGAAGCGUUACAACACCCAUACCCCAACAUGCCAAGGAAGAUUCCAGGCAGAAGAAGAGUAAGAGCAUGGUAAGAAAGGACAUGUUUGGAGACCAGAAGCCUAAAGCAUCAGCAGUAAACACCAGCAAUAAGAAGCAGAAUGUGAAGACGUCUAAAGUAAAGGCUCCAUCAGCACCAGGAACCGGAAAGAAGGCUACUAAGACAGAGCUGUGGGAGGAUACUGGAGUAGAGAUAGAGGGCAGUAGGUACGGACCCAAGAGGGAAGAUGAUGAGUACGCUGGGGAUCUGGCGCCAGACUUCUUCUCAACUCCCGCCAAUUACAUACAUGAACCUGACCCGAACAAUUUGAGCGAGUGGGGUGACCUAACACCCUCAUUGGAAGCUGAUUCUGUGCUGGGCGCCUCCCUCCAGAAGGAGAUCGGACAGCCUGAUUGGAUAGGUUAUCUGAGCAGCAGUCCAGAGAAGCCAAUAAUAAAGCCUCAAUCUCGCUACACCGAUCAACCCCGUCCACCACCGCCGCCGCCCCAACAACAGUCCUACAUGGAGCAGGUUCCCUUCCACUCUCCUCCCAAGAACAUGGCCUCUAAACAGCUACUUGACCAACUCCACAACAGUCCCCACAAGGGGGCCGGUCAAAGGAGGGACGAGGGUGAUCACAGUGCCAAAUCAGGGGGCAAACACCGGAACAAGCAGAGCUCUGGAUACCAGGACCCUUAUCUGGUGAACAACAACAAGCGGAAAAAUAACCGCAGUGAUAAUGUCGUAUCAGAGGAAAGGUAUCGGGAUCACCAUCAGGACAGUCGGCAGCACAGGAAUGAUCACCAUCGGCGCGAGGAGCCACGAGAUGGGAAUUACCGUGAUCCUGGGUAUCAGAGCAGUCCGAGGAAGAAUUACCGUGAUGAAAUGCGGGGUGGUUACAAUUACCACGACGAUCCACGUGCUUACCAAGACAACGCACGCGGUUACCAUGACAACUCGCGCGGAUAUGACGCGCGCGGAGAGAUGCACUACAGGGAAAGGCCACGUGACUUCAACGACGGCAACCCAUACGGAGAUGAACGGGGGUACGGUAGAGGAGCAGCUCCAAACAGCUUUAUGGGUCCCACUAGACCGGGAUACCAGCCCCCUCCUCAUCCUAACAGACCAACUAACGAACCUCCCAACUUUGAUGCUCUGAAGCGGAGGCCAGGCAAAGGACGGGGUGCCCGAGGACGCAACUAACUUCAAUCAUUUCGGCAGAAUUAUUACCAUGUGUUCAUAUUUCCAGUGUGUUCAUAUUUCAUGUCUAACCGCUUCUAUUUCAUUACUGAUCUCUGAACUUUGAUUUGAUCUUACUUUGAAUUUGUAGAUGCGCUCUUGAAUCGCUCCUUCAUUUCAAGAUACGCUACUAGCUGUACGCCUGUAGCACUAUCUACCAAUUUUCUUUCGGGAUUUAUAGAUUUUGAGGGAACUCCGUUUUCAAACUGGGAGUGCUAAAACUGAUGUCGAGAUUUGCAUUUAUUGAAAAAAUCUUGACUCGCAAGCAAUAUAACAAAUCUGAAAUCUCGACCUGAAGUUGGCCCACUUCUUAUUUUUCUUUAUUCCAAUUUUUCUUUCCGUGUAUGUUUUUCUUCUUCCCAAUUUUUGAACAUCUACUCUUCAUUCUACAUUUGUAAUGAAUUUUAAUCAUGAUCCGAUUAAGUUAAACUUAUUGUUCACCUUUUUAAAUCCGGUGUCCGGGUUGCGGGUGCAUUUUAAAAGUUUUCACGUUUUUAUUCUUAAUCUUAACAUACUUAAAAUAUUCCAGAUUCUCGAAUUGUAUUUAAACGCGUUGCGUUAUUACAACUUGAAUGAACAUCACUUUUACCCGUUUAUAUGAUAUUACGUAAGCCAGCCAACUGCCAAGGGGGAGGGGGUACGGAACUUCUUGCAUCUUGCUUGCUCUAUAAGUCUAUCAUAAAAAAUAGCUAUUUAAAUUUCAGAAUAGCUUGCGGAGAGAGGAGGGGGUCUAAAAUGGCCACUUCUUGCUUACGUAAUAUCUGAACGAUUCGUAAACAGGAUUAUAAUUUAACGCACAUUAACAGUUAAAUCGAUUAGGUUUAAAGUCAAAUCCCAAUGCCGCACUGUCAACUGUGCCAAAUUUUAAUUCAAAUUGACAGCUGCAUAUUCGAGACAGCUCAGAGUGCUAUAAAAGGGUUGCGAUUGCACGUGCUGCGAUUGCAAGUGCUGCAAUUUCACGUGCUGCGAUUGCCAGUAUACCGAUAUAUUCUUGUUCGUCAGUUAUUUACACCACAAUAUUGAAUAUGUAAUAUGUAUAAAGCGCAUUGACGUUUAACUUAGCAUUUAUAAUUAAGAAUUUCGUUCUUAAUUUCACCGAGAACUGUUUCAGGUUGAUACAAUUUGUUUGGUAUGGGUUGAAUGAGUCUUCUGAACAUUUUCUUCCAAAUAGUUCAUAUCGCCUUGGGGAAAAUAUUUUGCCUUUUUGCUCGAAUGAACAGGUUAAACGUUUUUGUCCCAAAAAUUCAUAAAUUUUUCUUGUCUCAAGUGAUUCACGAGAGAAUCAGGACAAAAGUUCUUGAAGGGACAGCCCAAGUACAUUAUUAAUUACUACAACUAGUACAUUGUAGUACAUGUAGUACUAGUACAUUCGUUGGUAAUUCAGUGAUGAAGUUUGUUGUACUUGUAUAUCAAAUCUGAUUUAAAUUCCGAUGUAAUGAACCGUCUGUUAUUGUACCGUCCAGUACACAAUUCCGACCGCAUA